CCGUGACCAAGCCCGAUGGUGUAUCCGGCCCAUGAACAGGUUCAGUCGUUGGUGUUGUUCGACAGAGGAGACCAACCCAAAGCAGAACCAAGAUCAAGUUCGUCCUCCUUCCUUGCCCUAGAUCCUCGUUUCCUGCAUACAUUGAUCAUAUUUCUCUUCGCCUCUUCCCUCUCUCUCUCGAAAAUGAUCCGGUUUAUAUUGCUACAGAACAGGCAGGGCAAGACCCGUCUCGCCAAGUAUUACGUUCCUCUAGAAGAAUCUGAGAAGCACAAGGUCGAAUACGAGGUUCAUCGUUUGGUUGUCAACAGGGAUCCCAAAUUCACGAAUUUCGUCGAGUUCCGCACACACAAGGUCAUCUACAGGCGCUAUGCUGGAUUAUUCUUUUCAAUUUGUGUUGAUAUCACAGACAAUGAAUUAGCAUACUUGGAGUGCAUCCAUUUAUUUGUGGAGAUAUUAGACCAUUUCUUCAGCAAUGUGUGUGAGCUGGAUUUGGUAUUUAAUUUUCACAAGGUUUAUCUGAUACUUGAUGAAUUCAUUCUAGCUGGAGAGCUCCAAGAAACAAGCAAGAAGGUCUUUAUAUUUUCAUAUAUUUUAGUCUUUUUUUUUUGGCGAUCAUAGAGAGAAUGGGGGAGCUGGAAAAGCUAGAGUGAGAGAAUUGAUCAUGUAGAGAAGGAUGUUUAGCAGUUUGUUUCCGCCUUGUUGCUUCAUUGUUCAGUCAUUUAUUUAUCUUCACAGUUAAUAUCAGCCUCAGUGCCAGGAAGAGGUGCAACAAAAAUGGUGGGGAAUCAUGGUUUCUUUGUUAUUUCAUUCCUUUUCUUUCAUUUCCUUGUCAUAUAUGUGGAUUGUGGUGGUAGGAGGAAUGACUGCCAACAUGUGGGAGUAGCUGUAUGUAUACGUGCUUGAAUUGGGAUGAGCUUAUUAUUCCAGAAGAUUUUUUUGUAAUUUCAUUCAUUUGUAUCUCGAAUGAUCUUUGUUUCAGAUGUCUUCAUUUUAUUUCCCUUGAAAAA